CUGGCCUCUAAGAGAUACCUCAUGCCUGUACUUGGAAGAGCGUGGGACUCUCUUUCCCGGGAGUACGAGAAUGGCUGACCUAGGGUCACUCAUUCCUGUGUAUAUAGCUAACACAGGGCCUGGGAAAAGAGGGGCCAGGCUUAGGCUGGGCAUGGAUGCACUGACACUAUCUCUGAACCUUCGAGACUGUAGCUUUUAUCUACAGGCUUCUCUGGCCCUUGUCCAGAUCCUCUGAGGUCCACGGUUCCCUGGGGCUACCUCUGCCAGUGGUUGGUGACGUCUUUUUUCCAGCAGUAUAAGGUGGGCUGUCAGAGCCUGCUCAGGACAUCUGGCCCUGCCAGCCCCAUCCCUUCCACAUGCUAUUCAACCUGUGACCUAAUCCAGACCUGUAGCCUUAAUAGCUAAGGGAUUUCAAGGGUGUAUCCCACUGUUUCCCUGUACUCUGUCCUCACACAGCCAGCCGUACACACUUAAGAAAAACGUGUGCAGAUGGGUAGCAUGCUUAGAUCGGUUUCCCGGGAUUCCCAGUUCCAGUAAAUGGCUGCUGCAGCUGCUCAUCCUAGUCCAUGGGAUCCUCCUAAUAUGUCCCUUCCUGAACCCCUAGACCUUAAGCUGUCACUAGCUACAGAUACGUUCUCUAGACCUUACCACAUCCCUGUCACGGUACCCAGAUUCUGGAGACUCUGCACUCUGUAGCCAGGCAUCUCUAGCCUUCUCACGGUUGCCAGGGUCACUCAGCUUCUCCCCUCUACUGCAACUUUCCCACUUUCUUCAAAAGUGAAGACCUGCACCCUCCCAGCCCACCCUGACACCCGCUUCCUCGCCUCAUCGCCCCACCCAACUCGACUGCCAUGCCACUCUUUUCCAAGACUUUCCGUGAGCACUGGCCUCACAUGGUACUGUGCUUGGGACAGAUGCUCUUCUCUAUCAUCCCACGCACCACAUAGCUAGCACAGAGCACACUGCCCAGAGCUGGCUGGCACCAGCUCAGGAAACCCGCUGGCGCUCUUCAGGGAAUUCAGGGAAGGGGAGUCCUCCCACAGGAAGAGCCCUGUUUGCUUGUGGUCAUAAACCUUGGUUGUCUGUCCUGGGACUUUUCAGACAAGGUCUAUGAGAGAAUCUAGCGAGCUCACAGCAUCUCUCUGCAACACACGGUACGUCUAGAGACACAUCAGAAUGGCUCACUGGACACCCACCAAAGUCAGGUCCUGAAAUCGCGCAGGAAGGAGCCCGAUGGGGGGGUGUGGGCUCUGAGUCCAGGCAACUGCUUAGGAUCCAUCUCCUUACUCUUGGCUCUGCACACCAUGGCGCUGUGGGAGUGGCUUGUACUAUGUGUGUUCACCAUCCUGGGAGUGUCUUGGAAUGACUUGGGAAUAUAAGGGAGUCCCAGGGUUGCCCACAGUGGGCCUGGCCCACUAUCUUUGCUCCUGUGCACAGCCCUGUUAAAUAGACUUCAUCAUGACAUGAUGCCUCUUCUCCCCUCCUCCCCAAACCCACAGCUGAGGGUUGUGAAGCCACUCCUUGUCAGACCUCCCCAGGGUUGCACAGAGCUGGGGCUGGAAGUAUGGGCCUCUCCAGGCCCAGUGCACACAGAGGAAGGGGCUUCUGUCUCCAGGGAUGAGAUGACUCACCUUUGGAAGGCAUUCUCCACAGCGAGAACAGAGCCCUUUAGCUACUGCAGCCUAAGCCUCUUCCAGCACCCACCCUCCACUCUGUAUCGCCAGGUUUGGGGAAGGCAUGUGGGGUUAUGCGAGGCGUCCUUCUAGCCACAGUGGUCUGGGUCAGUGUGAGAAAUCCUGAAGCAUGGCUGGUUUAGUCAAGGCUCAGAAUGAGUGUUCCGUGGCCAGGUUCAACCACUAGGGGGCAGACUCUCCACUUCCCUGCAGCCUCAUCAGCAUGCAGACCGAGUUUAAUGGAAAUUUCUGUAAAAGGAUCUCAAUUUUAAAUAGAUUUUUAAAUGCUGGCAGAUCCACGGGCCAAGCGCAAUUCUGUUUACGAGAAUGGGGCUGGGCUUCGCGGAAGGUUCCCUCUCACUUCCUCAAUGCCAGAAAGUUCUAUCGCCUUCUCUGGAAAGUCUGCAGAAGGCAGCAUGGGGGUGAUAGGUGUCUUGGGUUUAUUCGUCAUGGGUCUUAGGGCAUGUUUGUGGGUCUUCUUUCAGAGUAGAGGAGGUUCUUAUGUCCUUCUUGUGAAGCGUCCAUAUAUUCUAUGUCCUGAAGUUGCUAAAUCAAAAUUGAAUUUUUAUGGAGGCAGUGCAUGGUCCUCUGGACAUUUGGCUUCAGUGAUGUCCAGGACCUCAGGGUACUCUGAUGUAGAAGUUGCAGAGCCCAGGUCCCAGAUGGGACACUUGCUUUUUCAACAUCUAGAUAAAGGUGACGACACAAACAUAUUGGCCCUACCGAUCCCUCACCACAGUGAACUAAGAAAGAGCAGAAACCAUUCACUACAUUCUCAUCGGGAUGCUCUAAGCUCUGGGCAAAUUCUCCUCAACUCCAAGAAGAAGGCACAAGUCACUUGGAGCCCUCAUCAGCCAGAGAGUCCAGCCAUACACUGCCCAGUCAUCCUGGACCAUCUCCCUAGCCCUCGUCCUCUUCAGAGACCCCAACCUGAAGUCUUGGGCUCCCUUUAUGAAGAAUCUUGACCUGAAGGCAACCUCAACCCUCACCUUCACCCUCACACUAAUCCAGGGUCCAGGCCUCUAGUCACUCGGAGGAGCUGCCGCUACAGAGAUGCAGAGAUGGGGUCCACCACUGCCUGAGAGCUGAACCUUUGUGCCACGAGACCACAGAUAUCUUACAAUUGGAUCCCUUUGAUGGUUUUCUGUUUGGGCUGGUUUCUUUUUUGAGACAGGGUUUCCUGCCUCUGACUCCCAAGUACUGGGAUAAAAGGCAGGUGCCGCCACACCUGGCUGGUCACUGGGUCCCUCUGUACCGCUGUAACUCAAGGGAAAAGACAAGCAUCCCAUGACUGCUGGUUCUCAGGAAACUGUACAAAUCUAGGGAAGAAACAGAGGAGGCCCAGGGUAUUGCUUUGGGGACAUCCUGGAUUUGCUGAAUACAACCUGGAUUGUUCCGCAUAGCGCUGAGAAUGUCUCUGGAGGCCUUCUCUGCAGGGGUGACAGCAGAAGCCACUGGCUACACGCUCACCCCAUGCUCAUCUGAUGUCGGUGCAUGGGGCGAGCCGGUGGGGGGCAGGGGGAUCUUCUUCCCUUUGGUGUCUUUGUCAAAACCCUUGUCAGCCCUAUUCCUGUCUGACUUCCCUGGGUUUAAACUUUAGGUGGGGUCCUUUAAAAAUAAAAGUGGCCAUCAACCAAGGUUCUGUGUCCCUUAGGAAUGCUUUCAGUUAAAGGAAAGCAAGACUCCCGUGGCUUAUGGACUACAGGUAGAGUUGAACACCAACCUCUCUUCUCUGCCAGGUACAAUAGGCUAACAGUCUCUUCCUCCCAGCCUUGUCUCCAUGGCUACCAGGUAGCUGCCACUAUGGCAGUCGUCACAGCCAUACACAGCUGUGUUCACCAAUUACGAGGCACGGAAGCCCCCUCCUCCUUUUUUUUUUCUUUUCUAUUUUUCGGAGCUGGGAACUGAACCCAGGGCCUUGCGCUUGCUAGGCAAGCGCUCUACCACUGAGCUAAAUCCCCAACCCCAGCCCCCUCCUCCUUGGUCAGGAUUGAGACCUAUGCCCAAGCUUCAGGCACAGGAGAUAGAAUUACUGUGCCUGGCUUAGUCCAAUCAGGGUUUACGGUUCUACCCAGCCCUUCUGAGCAAAGCUUGGGUAACAGGAAGAAGGUGCCCCCGCUUACAGUCCAAAUCCCUCUAACCCGCCGAGUUUAUGUGAAAGACACAAAAAGUACAGGUUCUCGUAAAAGAAGCUGGAUCUGUGGCUUUCGUAAACGAAGAGUUCUCAUUUUUCUUUUUCGUUCAAAGUACGAGUACCUUUGCAAUUAUUCCCCGCUGCCCAGGGCACCAACAAAUGCACGAAUGCAUGCUCCCUGCUGUGCAGAGCGGGUACUCACAACGGGCACAUGAACCCUCGCUGCCGAACAGAGCAGGCGGCCGCCACACAGCUGCCCACCUGCAGAGUCCAGCUACUCUUGAACUAUCAUGUGGAGGGUCGAGCAGAUCCUGGCAGAGUUCCAGCUGCAGGAGGAAGACCUGAAGAAGGUGAUGAGCCGGAUGCAGAAGGAGAUGGACCGUGGCCUGAGGCUGGAGACCCACGAGGAGGCCAGUGUAAAGAUGUUACCCACCUACGUGCGUUCCACCCCAGAAGGCUCAGAAGUCGGAGACUUUCUCUCCUUAGACCUGGGAGGAACCAACUUCAGAGUGAUGCUGGUCAAAGUGGGAGAGGGGGAGGCAGGGCAGUGGAGCGUGAAGACAAAACACCAGAUGUACUCCAUCCCCGAGGACGCCAUGACGGGCACUGCCGAGAUGCUCUUUGACUACAUCUCUGAAUGCAUCUCUGACUUCCUUGACAAGCAUCAGAUGAAGCACAAGAAACUGCCCCUGGGCUUCACCUUCUCCUUCCCUGUGAGGCACGAAGACCUAGACAAGGGCAUCCUCCUCAAUUGGACCAAGGGCUUCAAGGCCUCUGGAGCAGAAGGGAACAACAUCGUAGGACUUCUCCGAGAUGCUAUCAAGAGGAGAGGGGACUUUGAGAUGGAUGUGGUGGCAAUGGUGAACGACACAGUGGCCACAAUGAUCUCCUGCUACUAUGAAGACCGCCAAUGUGAGGUCGGCAUGAUUGUGGGCACUGGCUGCAAUGCCUGCUACAUGGAGGAAAUGCAGAAUGUGGAGCUGGUGGAAGGGGAUGAGGGACGCAUGUGCGUCAACACGGAGUGGGGCGCCUUCGGGGACUCGGGCGAGCUGGAUGAGUUCCUACUGGAGUAUGACCGGAUGGUGGAUGAAAGCUCAGCGAACCCCGGUCAGCAGCUGUACGAGAAGAUCAUCGGUGGGAAGUAUAUGGGCGAGCUGGUACGACUUGUGCUGCUUAAGCUGGUGGACGAGAACCUUCUGUUCCACGGAGAGGCCUCGGAGCAGCUGCGCACGCGUGGUGCUUUUGAGACCCGUUUCGUGUCACAAGUGGAGAGCGACUCCGGGGACCGAAAGCAGAUCCACAACAUCCUAAGCACUCUGGGGCUUCGACCCUCUGUCACCGACUGCGACAUUGUGCGCCGUGCCUGUGAAAGCGUGUCCACUCGCGCCGCCCAUAUGUGCUCCGCAGGACUAGCUGGGGUCAUAAAUCGCAUGCGCGAAAGCCGCAGUGAGGACGUGAUGCGCAUCACUGUGGGCGUGGAUGGCUCCGUGUACAAGCUGCACCCGAGCUUCAAGGAGCGGUUUCACGCCAGUGUGCGCAGGCUGACACCCAACUGCGAAAUCACCUUCAUCGAAUCAGAGGAGGGCAGCGGCAGGGGAGCCGCGCUGGUCUCUGCGGUGGCCUGCAAGAAGGCUUGCAUGCUGGCCCAGUGAAAUCCAGGUCAUAUGGACCGGGACCUGGGUUCCACGGGGACUCCACACACCACAAAUGCUCCCAGCCCACCGGGGCAGGAGACCUAUUCUGCUGCUACCCCUGGAAAAUGGGGAGAGGCCCCUGCAAGCCGAGUCGGCCAGUGGGACAGCCCUAGGGCUCUCAGCCUGGGGCAGGGGGCUGGGAGGAAGAAGAGGAUCAGAGGCGCCAAGGCCUUUCUUGCUAGAAUCAACUACAGAAAAUGGCGGAAAAUACUCAGGACUUGCACUUUCACGAUUCUUGCUUCCCAAGCGUGGGUCUGGCCUCCCAAGGGAAUGCUUCCUGGACCUUGCAAUGGCCUGGCUUCCCUGGGGGGGACACACCUUCAUGGGGAGGUAACUUCAGCAGUUCGGCCAGACCAGACCCCAGGAGAGUAAGGGCUGCUAGUCACCCAGACCUGGCUGUUUUCUUGUCUGUGGCUGAAGAGGCCGGGGAGCCAUGAGAGACUGACUAUCCGGCUACAUGGAGAGGACUUUCCAGGCAUGAACAUGCCAGAGACUGUUGCCUUCAUAUACCUCCACCCGAGUGGCUUACAGUUCUGGGAUGAACCCUCCCAGGAGAUGCCAGAGGUUAGAGCCCCAGAGUCCUUGCUCUAAGGGGACCAGAAAGGGGAGGCCUCACUCUGCACUAUUCAAGCAGGAAUCAUCUCCAACACUCAGGUCCCUGACCCAGGAGGAAGAAGCCACCCUCAGUGUCCCUCCAAGAGACCACCCAGGUCCUUCUCUCCCUCGUUCCCAAAUGCCAGCCUCUCUACCUGGGACUGUGGGGGAGUUUUUAAUUAAAUAUUUAAAACUACUUCAA